AUGUCAGGCAACAGGACACCGCUCUUGAUGAGCGUGCAAGCCGGGAUGGCGUCUGGCGCGACGGUCGCCGUUGCGUUGAGGUUCUACACACGAACAGCCAUAACGCGGAAUGUUCGAUGGGAUGACUGGUUCAUGCUUCUGGCGCUGUUCUUCUCCUGGGGCGUUUCCGGGCCCGGCCUCGUCUCAGCACACUACGGCAUGGGACGACACAUGGAAAACCUAAGUGGCUCUGACAUUCCCAAAGCCAUCAUGUGGGUGUGGGUUGCACGACUCAGCACCAUCGUGGCCUUUGCGUUUGCCAAAGUCUCCAUCGCCUGCCUCCUGAUGCGGAUCGUGGCCAUCAAGAAGAGAUAUCGCUACAUCCUGUACGGCAGCAUCGUGGUCAACGUGUGCGUCUCGAUCAUCUGGUUCAUCAUGACGGUCAAAUGCGUGCCGGCUCAUGCAAACUGGUUGGGCGUGCAAGAGGGCGACCGGUGCAUUCCGUCCAAAGUGACGGUUCAGCACGCUUAUUUCGCGGGUGGUAUGUCAUCCGUUCGCCUCCUUUCUCGCUUCCCUUCUCUUCCCUUCCCCAUCAUCAUCAUCAUCAUCACACCUGCCUUUCCUAGUCACUUCUCCCGCAUGUUCCCCCACGGGUCCUCAGCCGCGGAUCUCCUUCUAUUGCCAGCUCAGCUCAAAACUAACAACCCCGACCCCCUGACAGCCGCGCACUCCGCCCUCGACCUCCUCUACGCAACCCUGCCCGUCUUCCUCGUGUGGGACCUCAAACUCAGCGCGCGCACCAAACUCGGCAUCGCCUGCCUCCUGUCCAUGGGCCUCUUCGCCUGCGCGUGCAGCGUCAAGAAAAUCACCGAGACGGCCCGUCUGGGCGCCGCCAAAGACGUCACCUGGGAAUUCACCGACCUGAGCAUCUGGAACAUGGUCGAGUUGAACGUCGGCAUCAUCUGCGGUAGCGUACCGUGCAUCCGUCCCUUGUUCCGGAAGGUGUGGCAUCAGGGGCGCAGCGUCGUGACGAGUAGCGGUGGCAAGAGCGGUGGCAAGAGCGGUGCGCAUGCGGCUGGCAGGGGCUAUGGUGGCGCGUAUGGCUCUGGAUACGGGAAGAUGGCCAAAGGAUCCUACGGCGUGGGCUCGAAGUCCGGUACCACAGCGGCAGGCCAUGGACGCGCGAGUCUCGUGCCUUCUGCCUCCUGGAGGGGGGGCGUCGACGACGAAGAAGGCUAUCAUGACGCGUACAUGCUGCGCGGCGGCAUGAAGCACUCGAGCCCCAAGAAGGGAGGGGUGGGCAUGGUUACCAGCAAGAUCACCUCCGGCGGCGAUGGGGAUAGCGAGGAGAAUAUCCUGCCGAUGCAGGGCGGCGGGAUCCUGCAGACGACCGAGGUCGAGGUGAGGUAUGAUGGUGGCGGAGGUAGUGUGGUUGGUGACGAGGCUGACGAUGGGAGGAGCGCCAGGAGGUAUCGUGAGGGGAGUGGCAGCGGUGGUAGCGACGGGAUUGGGGAGGGAGCGGCGCCUGUUGGUCCUAGGGGGCCGGUAGCGGGGAGAGGAUGGGGGGAAGGGGGGGUCGGCCGGUAG